GCUAGAAAGUUCUAUGGGUCAGAAGUGCUGUGGUGUACCAGGGCUUGGCAAGCAGGCCCAGAAGGAGCCUGGACUUCAACCUCUAACUCAACCUCAGAGAGGUGUCCACAGAAGAGGAGAGUGGUUGGACCCUCACCAGCAGAUACCAACAGUGUGUCUGAGAGGUGUCACCAUGUUGUGCGUCCUGUUUCUGCUAUUGCUGGCCAUGGGCAGAGUGCAGACAACUCGGCCAUGUUUCCCUGGCUGCCAGUGUGAAGAAGAGACGUUCGGCCUCUUUGACAGUUUCAGCCUGAUCCGAGUGGACUGUAGCAGCCUGGGCCCCCACAUUGUGCCUGUGCCCAUCCCUCUGGACACAGCCCACCUGGACCUGUCUUCCAACCGGCUAGAAACCGUGAAUGAGUCAGUGCUGGCAGGGCCAGGCUAUACCACACUGGCUGGCCUGGAUCUCAGUCACAACCUACUCACCAGCAUCAUGCCCACUGCUUUCUCCCGCCUGCGCUACCUGGAGUCACUUGACCUCAGCCACAAUGGCCUGGCAGCCCUGCCAGCGGAGAUUUUCACCAGCUCCCCCUUGAGUGAUAUCAACCUGAGCCAUAACCGACUACGAGAGGUCUCAAUAUCUGCCUUCACCACCCACAGCCAGGGCCGGGCACUGCAUGUGGACCUAUCCCACAAUCUUAUCCACCGCGUGCUCCCCCAUCCAGCCCGGGCCAGCCUCCCUGCACCUACCAUUCAGAGCCUGAACCUGUCCUGGAACCGGCUUCGAGCGGUGCCGGAUCUCCGAGACCUACCCCUGCGCUACCUGAGCCUGGAUGGGAACCCUCUGACUAUUUUCCACCCAGGUGCCUUCGUGGGGCUGGCAGGCCUCACCCACCUGUCACUGUCCAGCCUACAGGGUAUCCUCCAGCUCCCACCCCACGGCUUCCGGGAGCUCACAGGUCUUCAGGUCCUGGACUUAUCUGGCAACCCGAAGCUCAAGUGGGCAGGAGCUGAGGUAUUUUCAGGCCUGGGUUUGCUGCAGGAACUAGAUCUGUCAGGCUCCAGCUUGUUGCCCCUGCCUGAGAUGCUGCUACAUCACCUCCCUGCUUUACAAAGUGUCAGCGUAGGCCAAGAUGUGCAGUGCCGGCGCCUGGUGCGGGAGGGUGCCUACCACCGUCAGCCUGGCUCCAGCCCUAAGGUAGUCCUACACUGUGGAGACACCCAGGAAUCUGCUGCCAGGGGCCCAUACAUCUUGUGACGAAUGGUGUGGCCUGAGGCCACUUGACAGACUGAUGUCCUGGGCUUGCUCAGGUCCCCAAUAAUAUUUUAAUGUGCCAAUGCCUACAGGCCUGAGAGUCUACAGGCCUAUGUGGCCGCCAUCUUGGUAAAGAUGUGGGUCAAGGAUAGUCUCCGUACCUGGGGCCUACCCAAUAACAAAGUCUGCCCAUUUGUCUCAGUGGCUCACCUCCCAGAACCAUGAGCAAAGGGAUCCAAUGCCAAACCAGACUUUAGCCCCUUCCUGAGCCCUGCCCCAGUUGUCCCUAAGUGCCUUCCCUUUUGUCUGGACUGACUUGAUCCAUGAUGUAAGGACUGUAGGUGAACACUGCCACUGCAAAGCUGACUCGGGUCCACUGGGCUGAAGGUCCCUCUGAGCCCAGUGUCUAGUCUUUGUUCUGGGCCCAUGAGGCCUACUUUGUCCUUUUCUCAUGGAAUCUUGGGUAGAAUCUUAAUGAUAGAAGGACCUAGAGAGAAAAUCAAAUCCACUCUCCUUGUGGGACAGAUGGUAAUAAUGGGACUGAGAGCAGCACACUUGCUCACCUGGGGACUUGGAGGGGAGCCCAGCCUCUUGCUGAGGUUGGGGGCUGUGUACUUUCCUCUCUGUUAUCCCUCCCCUCUCCUGCUGGGUACCCUGUUACCAUUCAUUGUCUGUGCUGUUUCUCAUUGUGCCCAGCAGCAGCAACAACAAGGUCACAGAGGUGGGGACCCUAGGUCCGGUGGCCAGCUUAUGGUAUGAGCAAAGUCAGUCCCCCUUUUAGAGCCUCAGGAAGCUUGGAACACCUUAGUCUCAAGCCUGUCAGUUUCUUACUCUGGGAUGGAAGUCCCCCAGCAUCAAGACUGGAAACGUACACAUUUUCCACGGUGACACCGUCUUAAGAUGCUUUUCUAAGAAGUCAAUUCAAUUAUGGCCAUCUGGCUGUGGGCUCCAAGGGACUCGUGGACUUGGUGUCCACAGGCCAGAGCCCAGAGACCCAUUUCACCCUCCAAGGAGUGUGGCAGAAAGGGUCUCCCAUGCACAUUGUGCUCACCCCCAGGGCCACAUCUCAGCUCUCUAGCCCUGGAUUCUUUCCUUCAUCAUUUUAUGAGUCGUUGCCUUUUUAAAAUGAACUGUCACUUUUAACCCCCACCUCUGCUGGCCGGGGGAUGGAAAGGAAGAUAAAUGUAUUUGUUCACUUUUGUAAGACUCUGUUCUGGGUGUGGGCUGGGGGGUCUUGGGAAGAAGCUGGCUAUCAGUGACCAUGUGGGCAUUGGGGCUGGUCCCAGAGAUGCUCGAAAGUCAGUGAGUGCUCUGUCUUCUCAUACUAGCCCUGCCUAGCCCACACUGUGACUGGUCCUUGGUUUAAUAAACACAUGUAAGAGUU